CCAGGUAUCUGAGUUUUUCUAGGGUAUGGCCUCUUUGACAUCCUUAAGCAUUGUGCAUGCUUACAGUCCAUGCAUUUGUUUACAAAUCAGGACUUGAGGAAACUAUAUGGCAGAAGUGCAGGAAAAGAGUGAAGCUUGCUGCUGAGCCAUUUCUGUCUACCUUUUUUACAAUUCUGCUUAUUGUUGCUCAAUCUGGCAUGUGAUGGUGCUGUUUCACCUUUACUUUGAUGCUGAAUUGAUGCCUGUUUAAGCAGAGUAAAAUGGCAGAAGAUUCCAAUUCAGAAAGCUCUGAACAUGAACAACCUGCUCUUGCAUAUGCAUGGGCUGAAGAAGACAAUUUUGAUGAGGCAAUGGACAUACCAAUGAACACUGAAAGCGAAGAGUCCAACUUUGAUCCUGUUUUGGCCACCCAGCAUUCAUACUUGGGACACGGUGAGGAAAUAUAUGGCCGCACCGUGCUGGAGGAGGGUAGCUGUGUGGAGCUGCCACUGCUGUACAAUCCUUCAGUGAUGCUGAUGCCUGGUCAGACACUGCCACUUUCCAUCUUCCACCCAGCCUCUGUGGCUAUGGUGCGCCGUGUCAUCGCCUCCAAUAAGACAUUCGGCUUCAUCAACAACAACAGCUGUGUGCGGCCCGCCGGCUCCUCCGAGGCUACGAUCGGUGUCACGGCCGAGAUCUACGAGGUGAAGGAGGACUCGGAGGACGCGUACACGGGCUUCGCCGUCAAGGCCAAAGGACGCCAGCGAUUCGAGGUCGUGAGCACGCGGUCCCAGGUGGACGGUGUCAAGGUGGGCCUGGUGCGCAUCCUGCGGGACGAGCUGCCGGCCGGCCCGUUCGCCUGCUGCCGUGCUGCCUCCGUCUGGCGUCAGUACGAGCUGGCGCCGGCGGCGGCGCGCGUGUGUGCGUGCAACGCGGUGCCUGUGUGCGCGCCGGGCGUGGUGCCGGCCGACCCGGCCGAGCUCUCCUACUGGGUGGCCAUGAGUCUGCCGCUCGAUGACGACGUCAGGGCCCGGCUGCUGCGGCUGGACUCGGUGGUGAGGCGGCUCCGGUACGAGAUCAGCAUCAUGCGCACGUUCAAAGUGAUGGCAUGCGCCGACUGUGAGCAGCCGCUGGCCAGCUCGGACGAUGUGUUCGCCAUGUCGGCCGAGGGUCCUCAGAGCAUCUUCGUCAACCCGCACGGGGACCUCCACGAGACUCUAACAUUGCACAGGGCCAGCGGCCUACGAUGCAUCACCCGGCCCUCCACAGAGUACAGCUGGUUCCCCGGCUAUGCCUGGGAGAUUGCCCACUGCACCCAGUGCAGCAGUCACAUGGGCUGGAGGUUCACGGCGUGUCGCGAGUCGCUGCGGCCGACCUCCUUCUGGGGGCUGUGCCGCCGCUCGUUGGCCGUCCGCUCCGGCCCGGUGGCCGGAGCGCCGCCGCCCGACGAGUCCGACGAGCCCGGUCAGAUCAAGCUGAUCUUCUGAGGCGGCCGAAGGGUGGCCUGCCGAGGCGGCCGGUCAUUUGACGGUGGUGUGC